AUCAGAUUCACCACGAGGAGUGUUGUCACCAUGAGAGACUGUUGGAAGGAUCGCCACGUUAUUCACUCUGUCGGUCUGUCUCUCUGCCAGUCUGUGUGUGUCUCUGCCAGUCUCUGUGUGUUGAUCCGUAAAGAACAUUGUGGAGUGUGGACCAUGAAGCCGAAUUGUAUUUUACAUCCAAAUCAGCAGAAACAGACAGAAGAGGAACUUGGGACGGGAGGAGCGUGAUAGCUGGUGAUCUCUGAUGAAAACGAGCAGCAAUAACAGGACCCAACCAACCACUCUCACUGAGGAAACGAUUAACCUGUCGUGGUUUAUUGACCCGAACGGACAUCUGAAGAAUAUUCAAAUGGACCUCCCUUAAUAAAGGGAGGUGUUCAGGACCAGAUAGAAACUGGUCAGUACCGAAACAUCUUACAGAGGAACCUUCAUCACCAAAAACAUAAUUUCUCACUGAAGAAAGUGUUCAGUACCAAAACUACUCCCUGAGGAAACUGUUACGAACCAAUAUAUCUCUUACGGAAGACAGCUCAGUCCCAGCGAGCUGAGGGGAGUCAGGAUGUUCGGUCCCCAGACGACAUUAAACCCAGAUUGGAUUUGGCUUCGCGUCUCUUUGUGGAGUGGAGGAGAGGAGUGGAGAGAAGAGGUUUCUAUUUGUGCUGAUGGUGUGUGAUCGAUAGAGAGAGGAUGACAUCGUGAGAUGGCUGAUAAUUCAUCAACGCCAGGAUUGAUAGAAAUACAGAAAUAUGUCAAAUAAUAACAAUGUCUCAUCAAUGUAAUCAAUCAUCAAUGAACAGACAGUGGACUUAAGAUAAACGCGUGGAUUCAGGAGAAUGAAAGUCACUCGUUUGGAUGUCAUAUUCAGGGGAGCACAAGUUGUACAGAGAGGAUAAGGGAGGACAAGUCUCAGACCCUGGCAAGAACAUAGACACUCUUCCUGUAUUGAUUGAGAUUGAGUGAUUUGCGCAACAUGCAAGCGCAACAGGUUAGGUUUGGGCAUGCUAGCGAUUGGUUAGGGUAAGGUUAGCUUUGGGCAAGCGAUUGGUUAGGGUAAGGUUAGCUUUGGGCAUGCUAGCAAUUGGUUAGGGUAAGGUUAGCUUUGGGCAUGCUAGCAAAGUGGUCAAGGUUCAAAUAAGGUUUGUAAACAAAAACACGCCAAAACAACACACCUGGAUUCAAACCGCAUUACAAAGUCCUGGAUUCAAAGUCCUGCACACUACGACCUCUGCCACCCUGUUUCCACUAACAGGCUGGAACAAUCGGAAUGGACUGGGAUCUUUGAAUGCUCAGACACUGAUUGAGACGGUCCAUGCACUGGAUAUUCCAACUCAACUGUAAGCUAACAUAUCCAGCGAAGCAGACUUCAAGUGGACACUAUGAUGUUGUGUGUAACUGGUUUGAGGAGUGUGAGGUGGACGGCUCGGCCUGGUCAGAGGAGCAUGUGUACGUGCGUGACGCAGGUGGUUCUGAUGUGUCUGACUGUCCUGUCUUCCUGUCUGUCCGUCUGGGCUGAAGACCAGAUCAUCUUCGACCACCAUGCUGUCUACUGGAACAGCACGAACCCCAGGUUCCACCAUGACUACAGGGUUGCGGUCAAUAUAAAUGACUACCUCGACAUCUACUGUCCAUUCUACACCAACGGCCCUCCGGCUCACGGUCGAAUGGAACGCUAUAUCCUGUUCAUGGUCAACCAUGAGGGGUACACUUCCUGUCAACACAGGAUGAGGGGAUUCAAACGCUGGGAGUGCAACCGUCCUACCGGUCCUGACGGUCCCCUGCGCUUCUCAGAAAAGUUCCAGCUGUUUACGCCUUUCUCCCUGGGCUUCGAGUUCAGGCCAGGACAUGAAUACUACUAUAUCUCAUCUCCUCAUCCUAACCAUGUAGGGAGGCCAUGUCUGAGGCUGAAGGUGUAUGUCAGACCCCCAGGCAGUUCAGGGUUUGACUCUCCAGAGCCCUUUCUGACUGAUGGAGCUGCAGACUGGAGCCCAGAGUCCCUGCUAGCCCCAGCCCUAAUACCCAGCCUGGCCUCACUGCUACUGGGCUAUCUCUCAUCGCUGUGACCCCUCCUCCACUGGAGCAAGACCUAGACCAGUCUUUGCUGGAAGACUGCCUGUAGGACUGGCUGGCUGUCCCUCAAACACCCACACGCUCAGGGAGAAACUCUCUUUCAGUCCUGGAUUAAAAACCACUGUGGGUCCCCAGGACAAGCAUUUACAGCUCUUGGGCUAAUUCAUGGAUGAAGAGCCCCUUGUCUAAACUUAACCCUAACCCCUCUGGGGUGUCUGAAGGGACAUGGAUGUGGGGUGGUGGUAGUUGGCUGGACACACACAUGCAUGACCACUGUGAAUCUGGACUGAACUGACGGUUUCUGUUAUGUUAACAUGAUCACAUAUAAUUUAACUGAAGAUGGUUCCACUGAUGUCAUGGUUAUAUUUGAAAUGGACAGUUAAUUAGAAUUCCAAAGUGCAGAUUCUGAUCUGACACUCAGAAGCCUUCUGAUGGACAUAGUUACUGCUGCAACCCCCAGCCCACAGAGGGAAGAGUAGAAUGAGGGGGAGAGGGAAACAGGCAGUG